AUGACAAAGGAGGAAGAAAAAGUAAAGAUCAAAGGAAAACGAAAAAGGAAAAAGGAAAAAAAAAAAAAUGAGCACACAUUUAACACAUUUACAACCACAACAACCGACUAUACAACCAGAUCAUUCUCAACAACAAACAUGUCAGUGAACAAUUCUCGAUCUAGUUCAAUUAGUACCAGUAGUUCAACUCAUGCAAGUGAUGGUAGUCAACGGCAUUCAUCAAAAAGAAGAUCAUUGAAUACAAUAGAAUCAAGUGUCACUCGACUUCUCGUAUCAACAAAGCAUUUGUUGGAGAGUUUGACUCAAUGGGCAAGACAAGAAGCGGAUGACAAAUAUGUUUCGGAUGCUUAUGUCAAGUUAGGCAAUGAUUUCAGGACUGCCAUAAGAGCAUUCGGUAACAAUGGCAUUGAUACGUCAGAUAUUGGCAAUGUCCCACAAGCAUUGAGAAUAAUCUUAGAGGCAGCACUUAGUGAAGCACCCUCCCAGGAAAAUUUAGAUAAGUUCUUACCUGGAAUAAGAAAUAUAAUUGUUACAUUGUUACAAACUUUAAAAAGCAAACAGGCUAAAGCAAAAGCAAUCUCCCAAGAAAGAGCAAGCAAGGAGAUCACUGUCCCUAACCAUACAAGCAAUAAUAGUGGAUCUGGUACAUUUCCAGAAGAGGAAAAUCACGUCAAAACACAACCCACAGAAACAAAGCAUGAGAAAAACGAUGCCUUGUCACAGUUGCAAAAAGGUGAUGUUCUUCAACGUCGUGCAUCAAAAAGGUUCAGUGCGUACCAAUAUGCAAAGUUGACCAAUUAUAACAACACCACGACCAAUGCCAUUCCAAAAAUUAAUAUUGAGAAUCAAGGAGUUCGAAACUCUAUAAUUCAGGAAAACGAAGAUGAAACACCGGUUCCUCCACGUGCAUCAGUGGCAGAGGUUGAUCAAACUGUUAAUGUGGAAAGCGCUGAUGAUUAUAUUCUUUUGCGAAUUAACUCCAAAACAAAAAAGGCUAAUGUUACAUUCCCUGUUACUUUUGCCUCACUUAGAUUAUUGUUUGUGGAAAAGUUUGCAUACUCACCUGGGUCUGGGAACUUCCCAGAUAUUUAUAUUCAGGAUCCACAUACUGGGGUAUCCUACGAGCUAGAAGAGCAUUACCUUUGUGAAGUUAAGAGAGGUACUUUGUUAUGUUUGAAUGAACCUGGGUCCCUGGAAAAGGGAAUAAAUGAAUUAGACUCAAAGUUAGAAGAAUUGAAUAAGCGCAUAGAAGCAAUGAGCACCGAUGUCAUUGCAAAAGUCAAGGAGUCGUUGGCUAGUAUAGAAAUUCCAGUUGCUGCUGCAGCUCCUGUUCCUCCUGUUGUGGAAAAGACUCUUGAUUCAACAGUUAAAACUACUGAAAGUGUUGAGAGGAAGGAUCUACUUAAACUUGAAAGAGAUUUUCGAGCUGUCAAACAAUUGCAUAACUCUUCAUCUACUGCAUUUAAAGAAACAAUUGCCGGUGUUGUUCAAGAUCUCCGUAAAUUUCAAGAAAUUGGUCUCGAGGUCUCUCAGAAUUCAAACAGGGCUUAUAUGGAAUCAUGCAAUUCUAAAUUAUCAGAUGAUUCCGAUUUAUUGAUUACAAAAGUUGAUGAUUUACAGGAUGUGAUGGAAGAGAUGAGAAAAGAUGUGGCACAGAGAGGUGUUCGUGUCAGCGAGAAACAGUUGAAGCAUAUAAUUAAGGACAUCAAGUCGGCAAAGGAUUCCCUCCACGAUAUGAGUUCGUAUAUAUCUAAGGAACGACCAGUUUGGAAGAAGAUUUGGGAAUCAGAAUUAGAUAAGGUUUGUGAAGAACAACAGUUCUUGAACUUGCAAGAUGAUUUGAUUCAAGAUUUGCAAGAGGACAUCAAGAAAAUUGAAGAGACGUUUGGCCUUAUUGAACAAUGUUCCGUGGAGCAAACUAAAGGAAAGUCCAGCAAGAGAAACAAGAUUGUGGCAAACUUGUAUAUCCCAGAGCCAGGUGAAAGUUUGCAUACCGCAAAGGAUGCCGUUUUGAAUGACAUUGCUGCUUUGACUCCUAAUCAUGAAAGCAGGGUUGAAGCUAUUGAGAGAGCUGAGAAAAUACGAGAAAAGGAACGAGAGAUGAUGAGACUUAAUAAAUUCCAGGAGGAAUUAGGUGAUUUUGUUGAGGAUAACAGGUUGAAGAAAUCUGGGGGUAUUGAAGAGUUGGAGAAGGCACGUCAAAUAAAAGAUAGUGAAAAUUUAAAGAGUUCGUUUGGGAUAAUUUAG